AUGGCGCUGGUCGCCAUGGUCAUGCUUGUUCUCUGUACUUGUGAAGCUGCUUCGGCAAGGCUGAUGCUGCCCUCUGCUCGUCAUGCUCACAGAGGUCUUCGAAGAGAGCUAUUAGCCAGCCGCUCCAGCGCAGACUGCCCCAAAAAUAAUGGGACGCUUACGCCCCUCGUUCAGGAGCAGAUCGCAAAGCUGUCAUCAGCUUCAAUGCGUCAGGGGGGUAAGCAAAUGGAGCAGGAUACGGUUCUGCCAGAUGGCCAACAAGUCCAUGUACAGGCCAAGUCGCAACAGAGCGGAUCGUCGCGCUCGUGGGCCUGGUCGUGGUCCUCGCACUCUUCGCGGUCAUCAUCAUCGUCGUCCAAGUCCUCGAAUGCUUGGGGAGCGAGGGAUAGUUCUGCAGACGAUAAGGCUCAUCCAAGUUUGAAGCUCGAGCGAGAGAUUAGCAGUGUCUCGAGUCCGACCUCUAGUCCCAAGGAGCAAGACCGUCGUCCUAAAGAAAACCCCGUCUAUGCCGUCGUCAGGUCUAGCCGCUCUCAGCACCACUCGGACACGAAAGCUCAAGAGUCGUUCACGGCUAAGAAUAAAGAUGGAAAAGUGACGAGAAGCUUCCGCAGCAGCGAGUCGAGCUCGUCCUCGUCUACUUUGUCCUCCAGCACGUUCUCCACCGUCAACAAUUACGUGAUCAGCGGCAAUGCUGAGAAGUCGGGCAAUGCUGCGCCCUUCACCGACCCUCAGGUGCAAUGGACGCGAACGCCACCUUUGUUUUCCGCCGCCUUUUCUGUCAACACUGCCAUUGGUCAUCAUAUUACCCGUCCAGCGCGCGCCGAUGUCUGCAAUCGUCGAUUCCCAUUUUCCAACCAGCAGCACGGCAGAGAUCACGAAGAUCCUCGCUUCAGCCAGCCUUUUGCUGAAGAGGGAUUGGAUCCCGUGUCCAGACUUGCUCUCGAUCUACACAAUGCCGAGCGAGCGCGCUACCACCUGCCACCUUUGCAGUGGAAUGCCGAACUGGCCAAUAUGGCCUCGUGCUGGGCUGAUCUCAAGGCGUACGGUCACUCGGAAGAACACUUUGUGGCUUCGGGCGAGAACAUUGCCAGGGGUAUUGGCGAUCCAUGCUACAGCAGCCCGAUGGAAGGCAUGAAGAAUGGCGUCUACUCGUUCCUCGACGAGGACCGCAACUGGGCGCAAAACCCACACUUGAGUGAAGCCGAUGGUCACUGGACGCAAAUUGUGUGGAAGGAUACGCGCUUUGUCGGAUGCGCUGUGUCGCAGCGCAAGCACUUUACGCCCGAAUCCGUCCAAGAGGAGAAGGCGUCAAUGUACAUCGUCUGCGAGUACUAUCCGGCAGGCAACGUCGAAGGCCUCUUUGAUGCUCAGGUACCGGCCAAGGUUCAGCCUACGCCUCGCCUGCGUUCCAGUUGCUCAGCUAACGAGAGACACGGCAGUUGA